GCCGCUCUCAAUAUUCAUUACCCAAAAAAAAUCCCCAGGGAUUGAAUUUAUUGUGCCAUGCAUAUUUCACGGACUUUAUUGACCGCGCUUCUCAUAGCGGCGACAACAUUGGGAGCUCCAAAUAUCCCCCUUGAAGCAAGGAAACGACAGGCCACCAAUGCGCGCACCGACGCUGUCAAGGAGGCCUUCUUGCACUCUUGGAACGGGUAUACCAAGUUUGCAUUUGGAUUUGACGAGCUUUCGCCAGUUUCCAACAAGGGCACAAAUUCUCGUAAUGGAUGGGGAGCCUCUAUCGUCGAUGCGAUGAGCACAGCGGUCUUAAUGGAGCUAGAUGAUGUUGUUCUGAAACAACUAGAGCAUAUCAAAACAGUAGAUUUUACCAACACCGCCACUACCGUAAGUCUUUUCGAAACCACGAUUCGAUACCUCGGAGGUCUUCUCUCCGGUUAUGACCUUCUUAUGGGCCCUUAUAAAGACCUUUUGCCUAGCAACUCGACCACGCUUAUCAGCUCUCUUGUCGACCAGGCGGUUAUCCUGGCAGACGCCCUCGCCUUCGGCUUUGAUACAGCCUCCGGCGUACCAGCCAAUAACCUCAACUUCGCGAAUAAGUCGUUCACCGACACCACCAACGGUAUCGCGACUACCGGUACCCUAGUUCUCGAGUGGACACGUCUAGCAGAUAUCACCGGCAAUCGGAAGUAUGCAGAGCUUUCCCAGAAAGCCGAGUCCUACCUUCUGAGGCCGACCCCAUCCCUGGGCGAACCGUUCCCGGGAUUGCUCGGAACAAAUGUGGACAUCAAAACCGGGCAAUUCAUCGACUCGCGCGGAGGAUGGGGCGGUGGAACCGAUUCUUUUUAUGAGUAUCUCAUUAAAAUGUGGGUCUACGAUGAAGAGAAAUACGGUCUCUACAAGGAAAGAUGGAUUGCAGCAGCGGACUCCACAAUAAAACACCUAACCAGCCAUCCGCAACCUCGUCAAGACAUCACCUUCGUGGCAGAGUACCAAAACGCGCAAACUUUAUCUCUGAACCAGGGCCACCUAACCUGCUUCAUCGGCGGGAACUUCAUCCUAGGCGGCCAAGUCCUGUCCAGGAAGGAGUACACGGACUACGGCCUUGCCCUAACCUCCGGCUGCCAUCACACCUACGACAGCACCCCCUCGUCCAUCGGCCCGGAACGCUGGUCCUGGGACCCGCGAAAUGUGCCUGCCGCACAGUCCGACUUUUACGCCCGCAACGGCUUCUACACCACCGCCUCCUACUACGACCUCCGCCCCGAGGUCAUAGAGUCCUACUACCACGCCUUCGUCGCUACCGGAGACGAGAAGUACAGAGAAUGGGCCUGGGAUGCGUUCCUGGCAAUUAACGCCACCGCGAGGACGGCUUCUGGCUUCACCGCCGUGUCCGACGUCGGCCAGGAGAAUGGCGGGUCAAAGUUUGAUAAUCAGGAGAGCUUCUGGUUCGCUGAGGUGCUCAAGUACCUGUAUUUGAUCUUCCAAGAGGAUGGAAAAGUCGGGUUUGUCAAGGGCGCAGAACAGAAGUGGGUGUUUAAUACGGAAGCGCAUCCAUUCAAGGUACGCAAUUGAGGCAGUGGUGAAAGAGGGGGUGGAGGGGAGGGGUCGCACAUUUCGCUCUGCCUGCCUGUUCCAUUCUUUGCGCGUUUGAAAUGCUCGGUUUUUUUUUUUCGUUUUUUUUCGUUUGUUUUUUUCAAAAAGAAAAUAGACUUAGAAAGAAAGAAAACAACCCAACUCAAACUA